AUGGCACAAGGAAAUAAUUAUGGACAGAGCACCAACGGGGUAGCUGAUGAAUCCCCAAACAUGCUGGUGUACAGAAAGAUGGAGGAUGUCAUAGCACGCAUGCAGGAUGAAAAAAACGGGAUUCCCAUUCGGACAGUUAAAAGCUUUCUAUCCAAGAUUCCCAGCGUCUUUUCUGGUUCAGACAUUGUUCAGUGGUUAACGAAGAAUUUAUCUAUAGAAGAUCCAGUGGAAGCUCUUCAUUUGGGAACAUUAAUGGCUGCCCAUGGGUACUUCUUUCCUAUCUCAGACCAUGUUCUAACACUGAAGGAUGAUGGUACUUUUUACCGGUUCCAAACACCUUAUUUUUGGCCAUCCAAUUGUUGGGAGCCGGAAAACACAGAUUAUGCGGUUUACCUCUGCAAGCGAACAAUGCAAAACAAAGCACGGCUUGAGCUAGCAGACUAUGAAGCAGAGAGCUUGGCCAGGUUACAGCGAGCCUUUGCACGGAAAUGGGAGUUUAUUUUUAUGCAAGCAGAAGCACAAGCAAAAGUGGACAAGAAGAGGGACAAGAUAGAGAGAAAAAUCCUCGAUAGCCAGGAAAGAGCAUUUUGGGACGUACACCGGCCAGUGCCUGGAUGUGUAAAUACUACUGAAGUGGAUAUUAAAAAGUCUUCUAGAAUGAAAAAUCCUCACAAAACAAGAAAGUCUGUCUAUGGAUUACAAAAUGACAUUCGAAGUCACAGUCCUACACACACACCAGUGCCAGAAACUAAACCACCCACAGAAGAUGAAUUGCGUCAAGAGAUAAAGUAUUGGCGAAUACAGCUAGACAGACAUCGGUUAAAAAUGUCAAAAGUUGCAGAAAGUCUGUUAGCUUACACUGAGCAGUAUGUGGAAUAUGACCCAUUUCUUGUGCCACCUGACCCGUCUAACCCCUGGUUGUCAGAUGAUGCCAUUUUCUGGGAAUUAGAAGUAAGUAAAGAGCCAGGUCAGCAAAGGGUAAAACGAUGGGGCUUUUGCAUGGAUGAAGCCCUGAAAGACCCUGUGGGAAGAGAGCAGUUUCUUAAAUUCCUGGAGUCCGAAUUCAGCUCAGAAAACUUGAGGUUCUGGUUAUCUGUAGAAGAUUUGAAAAAGAGACCAAUGCGGGAAGUCCCUGCCAGAGCCCAGGAAAUCUGGCAAGAAUUUCUUGCACCUGGAGCCCCGAGUGCCAUUAACCUAGAUUCAAAAAGUUACGACAAAACCACUCAGAAGGUGAAGGAACCAGGCCGGUAUACUUUUAAUGAUGCUCAGGAGCACAUUUACAAAUUGAUGAAAAGUGAUUCAUAUCCUCGUUUUCUAAGAUCCAGUGCCUACCAGGAACUACUACAGGCCAAGAAGAAGGAAUUUAAUCUGGGCCCCUCUCUUGGAUAUUCAUGUAAUUCAGCUACACAGCAUUGGCCUAUUAUCAGUAAGACUCUCCUAUUCUUGGAAGAAUAUUGUUAUCCUCUUGAAUUCUCUGCCUUCAGAAGACAAAAAAAAACUGGCUGGCUCAGUGUAAGGCUGCUUAAUAUGUUUGUAGAUUGGCAGGGGAAAUCGCUCGCCUCAAAGAGAUUAACCAGUCUAGUGCAGUCCUACUAAAAGGAUCACCUUGUAGCACGGAAGCAGACUCAGAUCAUUAUACAUACUUUGUAGCUCACUAAUUGCCUGAAAAAUCAGAGGACGGUAGAACGAGAUGUUGCAUGAGCAAGGACCUGACUUGUUUUCUUUUGUGUAUAUCAAAGGCAUUGCAGACGCCAAGGGACUCGCUAACCUUUCGAUGCCUCCAUUUUGAAAACUCUCUGCUCACUUUCGCCUUCAUAUCAAGCUGGAUCUGUGUCUUUAUUUUCCGCAAGCUCCAGUACAGUGAAAAAAAAAAAAAGCUUCCGUCAGGCACAGUUUAUUUACAGUACUGUCAGUCACAAACUGGAAGAUGUGUAAAAAAAAAAAAUGAAUAUAUUCAUAAAUAUACCUACUACGGCAUCACAGCUACUGCACAAUAAAUUAGCACAGAAGGUUUCAUCUCACAGAUGUGUCCACAUUGAGAAAGAAAGCCGGUGUCUUUGUCUGUUGUCUGUACAUUCUAUGUUAAUGUUUCUUGCAUUUAUUUUUAUACCAUAUUUUAAAAAAAGAACACCUUUUACUCCAAAUGUAUUAAAGUUGAUCCUUUCUCUGUAAAUUUGUGUAUGUUUAUAUUGUUGUUUUAUCUUUCAUUAAAAUAUGCAGAAUCUC